GCCCUGUUGACGGAAACGCUGCAGGAAUGGCGAGAAAUGAAGAGAAACAGCUGGGAAAACUCAACCGCCUGUGGCUGCAGAAAGAGAGAGACGAGGGUCGAAUCAAAGAUGUCCACGAGCCAAGACCAAAGCUUGCAACGUUAAAUUCAGCGGCAGCCGUGAAGAAGUGGAUACCGAGCAUCAAGAAGGAGAUCGAGUACUAUCUGCAGCAGUCGCAGUUAUCUCACUACCCAGAGAGGAAGAUAGAGGAGUUCCGGCUGCAUAUUGAAGAACUCGAGAGAGAAUUCAAACGCUACGUGAAGAAACUGCGCUCUCUAGAUCCUGCCAGCAAACACAAGCCCUGGGAGCCUCGAGCUUAUACCAAGAGGAGACGGGAGACUGUCAGCGGAUCAAACACAUCUAAGAAAACAUGCCUUGACAAGCUUGUCAGAGAAGAGGAAGUUAAUGAGGACACGAACCCAGAAGAAAACCACACACUUCUGACUAACGUCCAACAGCUUUGCGCACCGUCGGCCUCUGAACCACCAGACCAGGAUGCCCCGCUGUGUUUCGAUCAGUCCCGGCUGGCGGUGGCCGUGGCCAGUUCUCGUGUGGCUUUGGCAGGGCAGCAACAGGACACAGGUACACUGACUCGAGUGCUGUUCUGCGGCCUGCCAAAUCUCCACAGCCUCCCGCUCGCACAGACUGCAGCACAGGAGAGAACACUGAAGCCUUCAGAUGCUGAAACACAACAGAGAAAAACAAGACAUUUGCUGGGACUCGACUGCUACUCGUCAUCCUCAGAGGAGGAGAUAUAAUGGACUCAAAUGCAUUUUUAUUUUAGUUUUUGUUAUGUUUUAAUAAUGCAGAGAUAUUAAAAGGGAUAGUUCAACCAAAAAUAAACACCAUAUCAUCAUGUACUCUCAUUUCAUUUGUAGGGGAAUUGACAGUUAAGGCUGAUUUAUACUUUUGCUUGGCGCCGCGUCGCACGCGCACCUUAGGACGAGGGUGAGACUUUUAUACUUGACGCGUUUGCCAUUGUGAUAAUCUUUAAAACGACAGGGGGCGGUCAAAAGAAACCCAACGUAAAAUCAGACGGAUAAACACAAGUAGAAAGUUUCCGGAACUAUGUCAUAUUAUUAAUAUCAUUGAAUAUUUUGAAACAAAUUAUUUUUAUAAAUUUAUAAAAUAUAGAUUUUUAUAACCAUUAAAGUUUUUUUUUUUAUCAAACUUUGAUGCAUCACUUGCUUUUAUUCAAAUAUCGGACAGUUUUACAUAUUAAAGUUUAUUAGAAUAUUAAUGACAAGAGAACAUGGGUUGCUCUACAAAAAUAUUUUUAUUAUGGCAAGAAUAAAAUUAGGAAAGUACACUAACUAAAAAUACCGAUGAUUUUUAGAUUUAGCUCGCUCCACAAUUCACACAAUACUGUCUGGCUAGUUUCUGUCUUCUUCUUAUGCUAAAAAGGCAAUAACAGUCCAACAUUCCUGACCAUUAUCACCAAUAAAGUCUAGAAAAACAGGGCAUCAGAACAUUGUAAACUGAUAGGUUCAAAUAUUCCUUUCCAGUUAUCAAAUAAUUUGUUCCUUAAUUAUAGUUUUGUAACUAUUAAAUUGUUCUAAAGUCAAAAUUGUAAUAUAUAUACGUCAGUGUAAAAUCUAUAAAUGAUGGAAAAACAUAUUUCUGUAAUUGUGUACCUGGGUCUCCACUUUUGCCAUGGCCGCUUUUGGCUUUAACAAACCUAUCCUUUGGGUUUUUCCAAACUUUUUAACAAAAACUUUUUGUUAAACUCUACACUUAAGUUUUAAAAAAUUUUGUGCCUCCCGCUAGCCAUCACAUUCACUGCGCACACUCAAGCAAACUUCCAAACACGUCGAGUGUAAACCAGGUUUUAGACCUUAGGACCUGGGUUCUUGUUUAUAAACGUGGUGUACGCACAAAAUGGGCAGAAUGCCACUUCCCAUGCUAAAGGCGUGAUCUAUAAAAAACAUGACGGGAGAAUGUGUGCAGCUGUACACAAAAUGCAGGGAUCCACACAAUUCAUGUUUUCCCAAAACAAAUCCGAUUAAAAUAACAAAUUUGUCGAUUGAACAUAAAACAUUUAAGUUAUCCCAAAAAAGUGUUGUUUCGGCUCUUUUUAUAUUAGUUCGAACAAGCUUUAAUAUUGACUUAAUUGAAUCACUUUAGGGGCCGAUCACAACAAAUCUUUUGAUUGGUUUACUAAUGCUCCGAGCAUUUUGCACACUGCUUUUCACGUUUUAACCGCCUGCUGCACCUUGCAUUUCUGCCAUUGCAUGCUGUGCACUUGCAGUAGAAAAAAGUGAACUCUGAGCGGAAAAAGCGCAUUACAUCAGUUGUGUCUUUUUCAUUCUCAAUCAAAUGAAAGCAGAGGCGGGGUUUCCGUUGAGGUGACAGCAGUGUUUGUGUUAUCUGGUGCUGUAUGACUCACAAAUCUUAAAUUUCACAAUAUUAUUAAAUAUUUAAAUUAUACCAAUAUCAACAGCAACACUCACGCACAAUACGCAGCUGAUUCAGUCGUUGCCUAGCAACAUAAAAAGCGCAUUGCACUUCUUUUUUUCUUGCUAACAAAAAAGGCGGUGAGGUGCGCCUCACAUUUCUACAAUGGAAAAUCGCUUUUGCUGUGAAUGACCCCUACCUUAUAAUAUGAGCCAUGAUCAUUAAGAAAGGAAAUGUAUUCAUGUGUACAUUCACUUUUACAGUAGGAAUGUUUCUCCGCAAAUUUUAUAAAUCAAACCCCAGAGCCUUAACAUGGGGUAAAAUCUAGAUGAGAUACAGCUGUGGAUAUGAACAUCAAUAUAGCAUAGUUUUUGUAACACUGUAUAACAAUAAUUAUUAUUUUAAAGUACUGUGCCGUUGGGGUGGGAGUAGGCCUUAAUAAAAUAAAAUGUAUUGGGUAAUUUAAUAAAUAACAGAAAUAAUACUCAAUAUAAUUGCAGUUUUUACAUGACUGUGACAGUUGCGGUAGGGGGUAGACGUUAAUAAAAUACAAUAAAUGGAAAAGUUAAUAAAUAAUACAAACAAUUCUCGUUAACUGCCAGCCGCAACAGUAUCUGAUCUAGUAACAACCCUAACACAGAGCAUCAGCGUCAAGGCCUCCCAUUCACUUUGAAUAAUGGACAUCAAGCAUUGCCGAACGGAAUUGUCUAUCCUUCGGUGUUGCUUCAGUGGUGUUGCUAGUCGCAGAAGUUGGGAAGUUCUCAAGUUUCAAGCACCAACGGAAGCGUCAGCCAAUCAGAUGGCUUUAUGAAAAUACCACAGCUCAGACAGUAGCCGAUUGCAGACUAAUUUCAUUGGCUGAUGCUGCUAUGAUGAUCACGGUAGCCCUAACUUCAGACACGCCCUUCGUCAAGUGUUGAUGCUGAAGCCCCAUGUGAAUCGGGCUUAAUUUGUCUAUUUUCUACCUAUCUUUUUGUAUGUAUGAAUGAAAUUUAGAAUGUGCCUAGUGAAAGAAAAUCCAUACUUUUCAGAGGUACGCACAUGAGUCAGCUUCAAAAACAAAGUUCUUUUUUGGUCUUUGUUUGAGGGCAUAAAUAAAAUUUGAAAAGGCUUA